AUGUCGCAUCUGUCUCCGCUCAAAGAUGCUUCCGCCGCGGAUGAAGAUACUGCCGCCACUCCCAGCAGGAAACGCCGAAAGAUUCGCAAAGGCACACAGAGCUGCUGGGAGUGCAAACGACGGAAGAUCCGGUGCACGUUUGCAGCUCCAGCCGACACCACUUGCGAUGGAUGCAGGAGUCGAAGGACGAAAUGUGUCAGUCAAGAGUUUGAUGACGAGAGCGCUUUGGAGGAUCUCCACGGAAAGGGACGAAACGCAGCCAAGAAGCCGAUUGAGGGGAGUAUCGUUGACAAACCACUGAUCGCUACGAGGGCGAUAAGCCCGCUCAAGGCUAUGUGCAACAGCCAGCAAGGUGAUUGGAAGAGUGACACUCACGGGAUGCACUUCUCAGCUACAACGGCCAUCCCGAAUCUUCCCCCGGGCGGUGAGCCGAGCAAGCCCAGUGAGCUAUCGGAAUCUCUUCUUGCCGCGUGGCCGAGUCCGAAAGAUCUUGAUAUCUUGCUAGAAGCUCCAAUGAGCUCUUCAGUACUCUUCCAUGGUGUCGUUUGUCGGCCAUUCUCCGAGUUGAUGUCUCAGAACAUCCUAUCACCCCGUCAAAUGCUACAGUCGCCCACACAAAACAUGCAUCCCAUUCUAAUUACAAGGAAGCUGUUGCUGCUCUCUACAUUUCUUCAAGGUAUUCCAGCGGAUGAUUCCGUGCAGAUUCCUGGGUUAAGCAAGGAUGCUCGCUCUAUCAUGGCUACAGCCUUCAGAGUCGCUACGAGGCUAGGGACAGAGGAUGAUGAGGCUCUCACCUCAAUAGAAGGCCUUGAGUGCAUCAUGAUGGAGAGCAUGUAUUUGAACAAUGCUGGAAAUCUACGGCGUGCUUGGUUGGCAAAUAAGAGGGCGAUUUCUAUGGCACAACUCUUGGGCCUCCAUUCAAGAAGCAGCCCACCAGCACCUGUCAUCGAGGAAGAAACAAGGCAUCGAGUUCGCCCAGACUAUAUGUGGGCUCGCCUGAUCAUGUCAGAUCGUUACCUUUCCCUCCUCCUUGGUCUACCUCAUGUCAUCGUAGAUGAUGUCUUUGCCCUUCCGGAGGUUUUGGAACACUGUGAUGCGGUGGACCGGAUGGAACGUCUGCAGGCUGUUGUUGGCGGGCUCAUCCUGCAAAGAAAUAUGAAUAAAAGGACGGAUGCCACAUCAACACAGAGCAUUGACCAAGUGCUACAGGAUGCAUCCGCAGUAGCACCUUCUUCUUGGUGGCUGCCAAUCCUCGACCUCAACGCCAUGGUUGGCAAUGACGCCAGAGCACUGAGAGAAGCAAUCCGUAUCAUGAGUCAUUUCACACAUCGUCAUCUCGUGCUUCAGGUUCAUCUCCCAUUUUUGGCUUUACCAUCCUUCGGAGAUGAAAGAUAUGCCUAUAGUAAGAUCACAGCAGCGAAUGCCAGUCGUGCCAUUCUCACUCAGUUCGUUUCCUUUCGCAACGUCUUUACGUCCACGGCAUAUUGCCGUGGCAUAGAUUUUAUUGCCUUCAUAGCAAGCACGGUUUUAUGCAUUGUACAUAUUCAAUCACGGCGUCGACACAAGAGUGUCGGCGUUUUCCAGUCGCUUCAGCAUCAGAGGUUGAGCGAUCGAGCUCUUCUGGACCAAACUCUCGACAUCAUGGGAGCAAUGGCAAAGCGGACCGGUGAUUCCGUGGCCGCUAAAGUCUCUAGUAUUCUGGAUCCUCUUCUCGUCAUUGAGAGCGAGUCGUCGGCCGGAAGACCAUACAGCAUCUGCACUUCCUCGGGAGAGAACAUGCAGGAGGGUUCUGAUUAUCAUGCUGAAUUAAAAGAGAAUGGGCAUGCUAUUCGAAUCCAAGUUCCGUAUCUUGGAACAAUCAUGAUUGAGAACCGCCCAGCCGAGGCUGAUGCUGAAGAGCCUUUCCUUUUUCUUGCAAAUUCUAGCUCAAUAUCCGCUUCACCCAGUGCAGGUCAACCAGUCACACAUCCCAUUGGGUAUCAAAUCACCAACGUGUUACCUGUCAACCCAGAUUGGCAGGCAGUUCCAUCGCAACUCUGUGUUUCUGGUACACCCAUUGAACCUACAAUGGAUGAAACUUCGAACCAUUCUUACCGGAAUAUCAAUUUUAACAAGGCGCUUGAUAGCUGUCUUCCAGUACCUGGGCUUGACGCGAAUGUGGAAGAAUGGGCCCUGCAGGGUGCCGAUCUCGCUCUCUUCAGUACUCUUACGCAUGAUUUUCAAAAUGAUGAGACAACAACUCAAGAUGGGAGUAAAUAA